AAAAAAAGCUAUUGAUAUGGUUUGUUGCUCCAUUUGCAAAGGUUUUUUUUCGAAAUUGAGUUUUCGAACACACCGGAGAAUCUGCAGCAAAUUCAACAAGAUUAGAAGGAAAUCAACUAUAACGGCGGGCAAAGAGCUAACUCAAUUUUACCAUCCAGCGGCCAGUCCAGUCCUAAGAACAAAGAUUUUACCGGUUCUUAAAGACGACGCAGUAACAGAUUCCAUAAGGUUCGAUGAACUUAUCAUUAAAUAUGGAACAAAGUUGGCACAUAAGUACACAUCCCCCCACAAUUAUGAAAUGAUUCGUGCGCAGUUGAGGUAUUUAGGCAGGUUUAAGAUUGAGGCUAAAGUAUUAGACAAUGAAAUCACUGAAUUUAAAGACGUUUUUAGACCCCAAAAACAUGAUUUGUGCAUAGAAGCUAUAAAAAAGGUGGCAAGUUGGAAUGAACAAUGGCAAUGGUAUGACCAUCCACAAGUGGCCAUAACACUUUCAUCAUUAAUUAAAAAAUGUGCGUACACACUGCAAGCAGAAUUUGUCAAAGAACAGUUGGAGGAGAAUAAAAAAAACGUCAGUGAUUUUAUCUUAUUAUGGGAAGAGGAGGCGCCCACGAUGAUAAAUAGAAAAGCCUUUGAAGAUCAAAAUAAUCAAAAGCGCGUAAAAAAAAUUGUCUUACCAACAAAAGAAGAUAUUCAAAAAUUGUAUAAUCAUCUGAAAAAUCUAAUGGUCGGAUACAUGUCGAAAUUGACACACUUCGAUAUGCAAAAUUACAUUGAAUUAACUAAAUGUACUUUAGUGCUUGUACAAAUAUUUAACAGAAGAAGGGCUGGAGAGGUUGAGCGUAUCCAAAUUGCUAAUUAUACCAAUAAAGAAAUUAUUACAGAGAGAACGGAAAAAGAGCUUCUAAGCAAUUUAUCUAAUGAUUCUAUACAUUUUGCUAAACAAUAUGCGCGACUAGCUCUAAGAGGUAAACUCGGCAGAACAGUGCCGGUUCUUCUCAGCCCAUUAGUCGUGAAGGCAAUCGAUAUCAUAUUAAAAUACCGUAAAAAAGCAGGGAUAACUGAUAAAAAUCCGUUCUUAUUCGCAAACCCUUCUAAAUCUACAUGCCAAUACUUUCGAGCAUGUACUUUGAUGAGAGAAUUCUCUAUUGAAUGCGGGGCAGAAAUGCCAGAAAGUCUUCGUGGAACCAAAUUGCGCAAACACAUCGCAACACAUAUGUCUAUGAUCAACGCGGAAGAAGCCUCCAUUGACAAGUUGGCUAAUUUUAUGGGACACCAUAAAGACAUACACAAGAAUGUAUAUCGCGCAACAAUUCCAGCAGCUGAAGUUAACUGCGUAUCACAAAUUCUGAUGGCGGCAAUAGGAAUUAAUGAUGGCGGUGAUGAAAGCGAUGAGGAAUGCGGUGGAGAUAAUAUAGACAAUAGAAAUGGUGGUGGUAAUGUUGAUGAUGGAGUUAAUGUUGAUGAUGGAGUUAAUGUUAAUGAUGGAGGUAAUGUUAGUGAUGGCAGAAAUGUUGGUGAUGGAGGAAAUGUUGGUGAUGGAGGUAAUAGAGGUGACCAAGACAAUCAAAGCCAUGGAGGAGAAUCAUGCGAUCAAAGCGAUCAGGAUGAGGAAGAAGAUCCGACUUGCAAUGCAAAGAAGAAAAGAAGAAGUACUUCACCCUAUGGGAAAACUAAAAGGAGAAGAUGGUCGCCAGAGGAAAUUCAUGUGCUUCGCUCGGAGCUGGGAGAUCUGGGAACACUGAAAAAACUUCCUACAGUAAUGGAAUGCCUCAAACUUAAAAGUAAAUAUAAAGUUUUGGAGAAAAGAACUCCCCAUCAAAUAAAAGCUUAUAUAGACAAACAAAAAAGGCCAUAUAGGGACCAGGCAAAAUAAUUUUAUUUAAACAUUUUGGGUUUUGAGCCUUAUACAAAGAAGCUAAUUAAUAGUAUUCUUGCGUUGUUGUUGUUGGUGUUGUUGCUGCUUGUGUUGUUAGUUUUGUUGCAGCGCAGCAAUGUGUUGUGCACUGCUAUAAGCUUAAUAUGAUUUAAAUCAAUAAUUCAUUACUAUUAAAAAGAGA